UGGGGCUUGGCCAAGGAAGGCGCACAUCCUCGGGCGGGAGGCCGUGACGCGGCGGGGAUUAACUUUGCAUGAAUAAUGUGAGUGUGCUUGGAAAGGAGACCUUCUGCUCCCCGAGCUCGGGGCAAGCGCCCGCAGGCUGCCUUCCCCGGGCAGGGGCGCUCCACCCAGCCGGCUCGAGGGCACCGGUAAUUUGGCAAGAGGACCGCGCGGAGGGGGCGGGAUCUGCAGUUUCCUCCCGUUGGCCGUUCUGCGUGGGUGCCAAGUUCCUCACGUGAUUUGAUGGAUAAGAAGGAGAUGUCAGUGAGAAAAAGGAUCCAGAAUGAUUACUAACCUAUGACUCCCAACAGUAUGACAGAAAAUGGCCUGCCAGCCUGGGACCAACCGAAGCAUUGUCCAGACCGAGAACACGACUGGAAGCUAGGAGGAAUGUCUGAAGCUUGCCUACACAGGAAGAGCCAUUCAGAGAGACGAAGCACGUUAAAAAAUGAACAGUCAUCUCCACAUCUCAUCCAGGCCACUUGGACUAGCUCAGUAUUCCAUCUGGACCAUGACGAGGUGAACGAUCAGAGUGUCUCAAGCGCCCAGACCUUCCAAACAGAAGAAAAGAAAUGUAAAGGGUACAUACCCAGUUACUUAGACAAGGACGAGCUAUGUGUAGUGUGUGGUGACAAAGCUACUGGGUAUCACUACCGCUGCAUCACAUGUGAAGGCUGCAAGGGUUUCUUUAGAAGAACCAUUCAGAAAAAUCUCCAUCCAUCCUAUUCCUGUAAAUAUGAAGGAAAAUGUGUCAUAGACAAAGUUACGCGAAACCAGUGCCAGGAAUGUCGCUUUAAAAAAUGCAUCUAUGUUGGCAUGGCAACAGAUUUGGUGCUGGAUGACAGCAAGCGGCUGGCAAAGAGAAAACUGAUUGAGGAGAACCGGGAGAAGAGGCGGCGGGAAGAGCUGCAGAAAUCCAUGGGGCACAAGCCGGAGCCCACAGACGAGGAAUGGGAGCUUAUCAAAACCGUCACCGAAGCCCACGUGGCCACCAAUGCCCAAGGCAGCCACUGGAAGCAGAAGCGGAAAUUCCUGCCCGAAGAUAUUGGACAAGCACCAAUAGUAAAUGCCCCAGAAGGUGGAAAGGUUGACUUGGAAGCCUUCAGCCAUUUUACAAAAAUCAUCACACCAGCAAUUACCAGAGUGGUGGAUUUUGCCAAAAAGUUGCCUAUGUUUUGUGAGCUGCCAUGUGAAGACCAGAUAAUCCUCCUCAAAGGCUGCUGCAUGGAGAUCAUGUCCCUUCGCGCUGCUGUGCGCUAUGACCCAGAAAGCGAGACUUUAACCCUGAAUGGGGAAAUGGCAGUGACGCGGGGCCAGCUGAAAAACGGGGGUCUUGGGGUGGUAUCGGACGCCAUCUUUGACCUGGGCAUGUCCCUUUCUUCUUUCAACCUGGACGACACUGAAGUAGCUCUUCUUCAGGCAGUUUUGCUGAUGUCUUCAGAUCGCCCAGGGCUCGCCUGUGUUGAAAGAAUAGAAAAAUACCAAGAUAGUUUCCUGCUGGCCUUCGAACACUAUAUCAAUUACCGAAAACACCAUGUGACACACUUUUGGCCAAAACUCCUGAUGAAGGUGACGGACCUGCGGAUGAUCGGCGCCUGCCACGCCAGCCGCUUCCUGCACAUGAAGGUGGAGUGCCCCACGGAGCUCUUCCCCCCUCUGUUCUUGGAAGUGUUCGAGGACUAGACGGACUGGGUUCAUUCCCAUAAUUCC